GAUAUCCACGUCAUAACACAUCCCACUCUUUCUUCUUCGUAAUAAUCCGUCUCUCAUGCUCACUCAUUGAUGCAAUAUUCAUUCAUUCCAUGUCUCUCUAAUGGCUGAAUAACAGUUUCUUCUUCACUCAAAUCCCUCUCUCUUCACUUCAAGCUCAAAUAUAUUCACACCCCAUUUCUCUUAACCCAUUACCCCCACCUCGAAAAAGAAAAUGCUUCUUCUUUUCCUCUCCUUUCUCCUCUUCACUUCCUUUCCGCUUUCCCUUUCCCUCAACCAAGAAGGUCUCUACCUUCUGCAACUCAAAUCCUCCUUUUCCGAUUCCGACUCCGCCCUCUCCUCAUGGAACUCACGUGAUCCCACCCCAUGUAACUGGCACGGCGUUUCAUGCGACGGCGCCUCUGGUUCAGUCACCUCCCUCGACCUCUCCAACGCCAACCUGGCCGGCCCUUUCCCUUCCGUCCUUUGUCGCCUCCACAACCUUUCUUACAUUAGCUUCUACUACAACAACAUCAAUUCCACCAUACCCGACAUCUCCACGUGCCGAAACCUCGUUCACCUUGAUCUCUCUCAGAAUCUCCUCACUGGUGAUCUGCCCCACACUUUGGCUGACCUCCCUAAUUUGAAAUACCUCGAUUUAACCGGCAAUAAUAUCUCCGGUGACUUUCCGGCGUCGUUUGGACGGUUCCAGAAGCUCGAGGUUUUGUCUCUCGUGUACAAUCUCUUAGACGGGACAAUCCCUGCUUUUUUGGGUAACAUUAGUACUCUCAGAAUGCUGAAUUUGUCGUACAACCCGUUUAGUCCGGGUCGGAUUCCGCCGGAGCUUGGGAACUUGACGCACUUGGAGAUUUUGUGGCUUACUGAGUGUAAUUUAGUCGGGGAGAUUCCUGACUCGCUAGGGCGACUCAAGAGACUCAAUGAUUUGGACCUGGCGAUUAACCAUUUGGUGGGGAGUAUACCGAGUUCGCUCGCGGAGUUGGUUAGUGUGGUUCAGAUUGAGCUGUACAACAACUCGUUGACCGGCGAGUUGCCUCGCGGAUUCUCGAAUUUGACAAAUCUUAGACUUCUCGACGCGUCGAUGAAUCGGUUAACUGGAAAGAUCCCGGACGAGUUGACUCGGCUGUCACUUGAAAGUCUCAACCUCUACUCCAACAAAUUCGAAGGAACAUUACCGCCAAGUAUUGCUGACUCGCCAGCUCUGUACGAGCUCAGAAUCUUUCAGAACCGACUCACCGGUGAGUUACCACAGAAUCUCGGCAAGAUCUCACCGCUCCGAUGGUUCGACGUCUCCAGCAACCAAUUCACCGGUCCCAUCCCACCCAGUUUAUGCGAGAAAGGGAGACUACAAGAGAUGCUAAUGAUAUACAACUCGUUUUCUGGUCAAAUACCGUCGAGUUUAGAGCAAUGUCGAAGCCUGAACCGCAUCCGACUCGGCCACAACAAGUUAUCUGGCGAAAUACCCACCAGAUUUUGGGGCCUCCCCCAUGUUUAUUUACUUGAGCUUGUUAAUAAUUCGUUCUCUGGGCACAUUGGCAAAUCAAUUGCAAAUGCUAAGAAUUUGUCCCUUUUGAUUAUAUCCAGGAACCAGUUUAAUGGAUCAUUGCCUGAAGAAAUCGGUUUAGUUGGUAAAUUAGCUAAAUUUUCUGCAAGUAACAACAAGUUCAAUGGGGUGUUGCCUAAAAGCAUAGUGAAGCUUGAUGGACUAGGGAUUCUUGAUCUUCAAGGGAAUGAACUCGAAGGUGGGCUGCCGAGUGGGAUCGAUUCGUUGAAGAAGCUAAACGAGUUGAACUUAGCCGAUAAUAAGUUUUCCGGGGAAAUUCCUGAUGAAAUAGGGAGUUUAUCAGUGUUGAAUUAUCUCGAUUUGUCCGAUAAUCAGUUAACCGGACGAAUUCCGUUGGGUCUGCAGAAUUUGAAGCUUAAUCAGCUUAACCUCUCGGAUAACUUGUUAUCUGGUGAGUUACCGCCUUUGUUCGAUAAAGAGGCGUACAAGAACAGCUUCCUGGGGAACCCUGAUUUGUGUGGGAAUUUUAGUGUUUCAUGUGAUAAGAGGGAUGAAGAUAAACAUAAAGGCUAUGUAUGGUUGCUUAGAUCCAUUUUUGUUCUAGCUGCAUUGGUUUUUAUUGUUGGUGUGGUUUGGUUCUACUUGAAGUACAGGAACUACAAGAAAGCUAAGGCCAUCGAUAAAUCAAAGUGGACUCUGAUGUCGUUCCAUAAACUGGGUUUUAGUGAAUAUGAGAUAUUGGAUUGUCUUGAUGAGGAUAAUGUGAUCGGCAAAGGCGCUUCAGGGAAAGUUUACAAGGUCGUGCUUAGUAACGGCGAGGCCGUUGCUGUUAAGAAGCUUUGGGGAGGUGUGCAAAAGGGUUGUGACAAUGUCGAUAUAGAGAAGGGUAUGGCUCAGGCUGAGUCUCCUGUUCGGGAUGAUGGGUUCCAAGCGGAGGUUGAGACAUUGGGGAAGAUUAGGCACAAGAAUAUCGUUAAGUUGUGGUGUUCUUGCACCACUCGGGAUUGCAAGCUUUUGGUGUAUGAGUACAUGCCGAAUGGUAGCUUGGGUGAUUUGUUGCAUAGCUGCAAAAGUGGUUUGCUCGAUUGGCCGACGAGAUACAAGAUCAUUUUGGAUGCAGCCGAGGGGCUUUCGUAUUUGCAUCACGAUUGUGUGCCCCCGAUUGUGCAUAGAGAUGUCAAGUCCAAUAACAUCCUGUUGGAUGGGGAUUUUGGCGCUAGAGUGGCCGAUUUUGGAGUUGCUAAGGUGGUCGAUGCAGCUGGAAAGGUUGCCAAGUCUAUGUCUUUCAUUGCUGGAUCUUGUGGUUACAUUGCUCCAGAGUAUGCAUAUACUCUUCGAGUGAACGAGAAGAGUGAUAUAUACAGUUUCGGAGUAGUGAUACUCGAGUUGGUCACAGGCAGACUCCCGAUCGACCCAGGGUUCGGCGAGAAGGACAUUGUAAAGUGGGUCUGCACCACUCUAGAUCAGAAAGGAGCAGACUAUGUUGUCGAUUCCAAACUCGAUCCUUGCUUCAAAGAAGAAAUAUACAAGGUCCUCAACAUCGGCCUCGUCUGUACGAGUCCGCUCCCGAUCAACCGCCCAUCGAUGAGAAGGGUAGUCAAGAUGCUGCAAGAAGCCGGUGCCGAGAACCAACUAAAGGGUACUAAAAAGGAUGGGAAAUUGACUCCGUAUUACUACGAAGACGGCUUGGAUCAAGGAAGUGUAGCUUGAGAAAAGAUCUCCCCAUAGCUUGUUGCAAGAACAAGGCCACAAAGUGAUACACACGCCCAAUAGUUUUUCCUUGCUUUUCCAAUCAUUGUCCACUUCAAUGUUUGCUUUACAGGUUUGUUUUAGUGGGAAAGAAAAGAGAGUAGGGGAUGAAAUGUUCACAGUGAAAGAGAAAAUGGAGCCAGAUGCACACCAAAAAAUCUCGAGUUCGAGUCUCAUUAACGGAGAAAAGAAUAUCAGGGGAGUUCGUAUCUGUUUAAAGUUCCGACUAGACUCGAUUCCGAACUUAAUCGGGAUUCAAUGCGAGUAGUUGCUACUAGUUUACUGCGAUUAAAGUUGAACAUGAAACAGGUGUAUUGAGAUGAACCAAGAAGUCCCAACACAAUGGGCCACAAUAUAUAAUACACUAAUAGUAUAUACUCAGGUCUCUUGUUUGUUUCAAAGUUAGGCCAAGUUUUGCUGUCAAACAUAAUUUAGAAAGCUCUGCAUGUUCACUUGUCUACCAA